GUUUUCAGUCAAGACUCUGAUCGACCGUUCCUGUUUUGAGACUAUAGAUGAUACUUCCCCUGAAUUUAAUAAUUUUGCAGCCAUUCUGGAACAGAUUCUAAGUCAUCGACUGAAAGGUCAGAUCACCUGGUUCGGCUAUGAAAGUCCUCGUAGUUUCUGGGACUACAUUCGAGUAGCUUGCCGAAAAGUCUCUCACAAUUGCAUCUGCAGUAUUGAGAACAUGGAGAAUGUCGGUUCUUCUAGAGCUAAGGGUCGAGCCUGGAUCAGAGUAGCACUUAUGGAAAAGCAUUUGUCUGAAUAUAUUUCCACAGCUCUGAGAGACUUCAAAACAACCAGGAGAUUUUAUGAGGAUGGAGCAAUUGUUCUUGGUGAAGAAGCAAAUAUGCUUGCUGGUAUGCUGUUGGGACUCAAUGCAAUUGAUUUUAG